AUGAACCACGGCUACCCACCGCGCGGCAUUGUGCCUCCAGCGGGCGCGCCCAGCCAGCGCCUCAACGAGCUGCUGGACCAGAUACGCGCCGAGUUCGAGACGGAGACGCAGCGCAGCGUCGAUUAUGAGGGACAAAUUACCCGACAUAUCCAAGAGAUCGAGAUGAUUCGCGGCAAAGUGUAUUCUCUGGAGCAGCAGCACGUCCAGAUUAAGGCAAAAUACGAGGAUGAGAUUGCGCGCCUGCAACGCGAGCUUGAGGCCCGCGGUGGGCCCAGCCAGAACUCGCAACACCACGGUCCUUCCCAACCGCCGCCGCCAUCGAUCGGCCAUGGACCCAGCAACCUGUUCGGCGGCAUCAUGGCGGGCAACAGCCAGGGCGGUCCGGGUCUGGCCCCUCCCCAGCAAGAGCCUCAACAACCGGGAGGCCUCCCACCGCACCUGGGACCUCAAGGGCCGCCAGGUCUGAAUCCUGCACCUGGGCCCCCUCAGCAUUUCGGUGGCUAUCAGCCAGGCCCCUCAGUGAACGGGUACGGUCAGCCUCCGCAACCCACCGCCUCGCCUGGCGGCAAGCGUCCCGGCCCGCGCGGUCCCCCUGGACCAGCCACUCCUCAGCAGAACACCGCUGCUCCUUACCCUGGGUCCCCACAAGUUCCUCGGCCUACGCCCCCUCCCCACCAACAGCAUAAUGCGCUCAUGGCUCCGAGCCAGGUUCCGCCGCUAAGCCAGAGCAACGUCCUUGCAGACCUGGAUAUCGAAUCGCUACCGGACAACCUCAAGAAAGAGGGAAGCGAUUGGUUCGCCGUGUUCAACCCUCGCGCGAGGCGCGUGCUCGAUGUGGAUCUAAUCCACAACCUCCCGCACCAGAGUGUUGUGUGCUGCGUUCGAUUCAGUCUCGAUGGGCGUUUUGUUGCCACGGGAUGCAAUCGCUCUGCACAGAUAUUCGAUGUCGAGACCGGUACGCCCGUCGCGCAUCUUCAGGACGGCAGUCUCCCCGAGGACGGAGACUUGUAUAUUCGAAGCGUCUGCUUCAGUCCCAAUGGUGCCUAUCUGGCCACCGGCGCUGAAGACAAGGUCAUUAGAGUGUGGGACAUUGCGAGCCGCACCAUCAAGCACCAAUUCACCGGCCACGAGCAGGACAUCUAUUCGCUGGACUUCGCCCGCAACGGCCGAAUCAUCGCAUCAGGGAGUGGUGACCGUAGCGUUCGUCUGUGGGACCUCGAGACGAAUCAGCAGGUUCUCAACCUAUCCAUUGAGGAUGGUGUCACCACUGUCGCCAUUUCACCGGAUAAUCGCUUCGUUGCGGCUGGAUCUCUAGAUAAGAGUGUCCGCGUCUGGGAUGCUCAUACGGGUAAUCUCGUCGUGCGCCUGGAGGGCGAGCAGGGACACAAGGACAGUGUCUAUUCCGUUGCUUUCGCUCCUUCUGGAGAUCGUCUGGUUAGCGGCAGUCUUGAUAAGACCAUUAAGAUGUGGGAGUUGACGACCCCACCUCGCUUGAUUCCAGGUGCUGCCCCCGGCGGCAAGUGCAUUCGCACCUUCGAGGGUCACAAGGACUUUGUCCUCAGUGUUGCUCUUACACCCCACGGCGACUGGGUACUCAGCGGGUCCAAGGACCGUGGCGUUCAGUUCUGGGAUCCUCAUACCGGCGUUGCUCAACUUAUGUUGCAAGGCCACAAGAAUUCAGUCAUUUCAGUCGCCCCCAGCCCGACAGGAGGCAUUUUCGCCACGGGUAGCGGCGACAUGCGUGCUCGAAUUUGGAGGUGA